ACAUUUGUCCUCUAGCCAUCCCUGCUUAGCCAUUUUGCACUUCCUGUCCAUCUUAUUUUUGAGACGUUUGUAUUCCUUUUUGCCCGCUUCAUUUACUGCAUUUUUAUAUUUUCUCCAAUGAACUUAAGGUAAACAAAUCACAACAGGGCGACGCUGAAGUCUCAGGGUGCAGUGGGUUCAGGCUGACACCGAGUUUGUCGGUCGGUCGGCCUGUAAAUCGGUGCGUGUCUGUGGCCGUUGACGUAGCUCCCCCACCCCAUGGUGGUGUUUUCCUUGGCUCGGGAACUCAGUACUCUAGCAAGAGCUGGUAACAUCGACGGGCGGUUAGCGGGACAGGCGGUGCAAGCAACAAAUGGAAAUGGCAGCAAGAUCCCUAGGAGACCUACCAGAUGACGCGCUGCUUUCCAUCUUCUCCCUGCUGCCUGUCCCGGACUUGGCCCGGUGUGCUUACGUGUGCGAGCGGUGGCGCAAAAUUGUGACAGGGUACACCCAGCUGUGGAAGGGCAAGAGUUACGGCAGCAAUAGGAGACCGAGCGAGUCGGCAGAGGUGCGUGCGGUACUGCGCACCCUGCCGCCGUUGCGCGAACUGGUCGUAGAGGUGGCCCACGAGUUUACCGUCGACAUUUCGUACCCGCAGCUGAUUCUCACAGUGGCCAACGUAAGGACCGUGCGGGACUGUCCGAGACUGACGUGCGACUACUUGUCGACCAGACUGGACAUCGCGGUGGUGAUGCUGUCCUCUCGGUCGACCGUAGACUUCUCGGCCCUCCGGAAGCUGCGGAUCCUGAGGACCGCGGCGGCCAGCGCCCGGGAGCCCGCCGCCUACGGGGCGGACCACGCCGUCGCGUCCGCCCUCGGGCUGUGCCCCAACCUCAGGGAGCUGAGCGUCUGCGCCGAGUCGCUGUCGGCCGACCGCCUCGACAGGCUGGAGGGGCUCGGGCGGCUGCGGACGCUGAAGAUCGAGUGCCCCGGCCUGCGGAAGCUGACGUUCCUGCGGCACUGUGCCGGCGCGCUGGAGGAGUUGCAGCUGGUCGGCUGCGCCGGCCUGCCCCCGGCCGAGUUGGCGGCGCUGCGGCGGCUGCGGCGGCUGCGGCGGCUGCAGCUGAGCGACUGCGGGGCGGCCGCGGCCGGCCUGGCCUCCGCGCUGCCGGCCCUGGCGGGCCUCGAAUCGCUGCAGCUCCACCACUGCGGCCACCCGCCCGACCUGUCGUUCGCGGGCCGCUGCGGCCGGCUGCGCGAGCUGUGCGUCAUCCACUCGUCGGCGGCGGACGCGGUGCUGACGCUGACCCCGGAGGGCCACCGGCUGCGGCUGCGGCGCGGCGCGGGCGUGCGCGUCGUCGGGCUGAGCCUCACCGCCGACCACCUGCCGGGGGCGCUGCCCAGGCUCGCAGAGCUGGGCCUCGCCCGCGGCUGCCUCGACCGCCUGCGCUUCCUGCGCCACUGCCCCCAGCUGCGCCACCUGUGCUGCGAGUUCCGGCGCAGGCCCGGGCAGCCGCAGCUGCUCAACUUGGCGGCCGACGUAGCCUCGGGCAGCUCUACGUGAAGACGACAGGCAAAACGUACAGCCAGAAAUGAUUAGACUGUAGUGGCGUUAGUAGCAUUCUCGCUGUUCGUGAUACUACUUAAUAGUUACAAAGCUACAGUAGCCUGCUGUAGACCAGCGUAAGUAAUCGUAUGUAAUGUCUCUUGCAGCGGUCUCUCCGCCAUAUUUUCAGAA